UUGUGAUGGCGGUGAGGGCGGAAGUCCAGGCGUCGUUGAGCCUUGCCUGGCGCGGUCCGAUGCUAAAGAAGGUCCGUGUUGCAGCUGCUUGGGAGGGAAAAGGUUGGCGUCAUGGCAGUAAGCCAGAAGCAGCCCGCAUUAGCCUUUGGUCAGGCAGUCAUUGGACCUCCCGGCUCUGGGAAAACGACCUACUGCUUUGGCAUGCAGGAAUUCCUUUCUGCAAUUGGGCGCAAGAUUGCAGUGGUGAAUCUGGAUCCUGCCAACGAUGGGAUCCCUUACCCGUGUGCUGUAGACAUCUCAGAACUGAUCACCUUGGCUGACGUUAUGGAGAACCUCAACCUGGGACCCAAUGGGGGCUUGAUUUAUUGCAUGGAGUACUUGGAAGCUAAUUUGGACUGGCUGCAGGAGAAACUGGCCCAGUUUAAGGGGCAUUACUUCUUGUUUGACUGCCCAGGACAAGUGGAGCUCUGCACCCACCACAGUUCCUUGAGAAACAUUUUUGCACAGCUUGCGAAGUGGAACUUCAGGCUGGCUGCAGUUCAUUUGGUGGAUUCUCACUAUUGCACAGAUCCUGGCAAAUUCAUCUCUGUUCUCUGCACUUCCCUUUCCACCAUGUUACACGUAGAGCUGCCCCAUGUCAACGUCCUUUCCAAAAUGGAUCUGAUAGAACAAUAUGGAAAACUGGCUUUCAAUCUAGAUUACUACACCGAGGUUCUCGAUCUGUCUUACCUCGUGGAUCACUUGGCCUCAGAUCCUUUUUUCAAGAAAUACCGUCGCUUGAAUGAGAAACUUGUGGGAGUGAUUGAGGACUACAGCUUGGUCUCCUUUGUUCCUCUCAAUGUCCAGGAUAAGGAGAGCAUGAGGCGUGUGAUGCAGGCAGUGGACAAAGCCAAUGGCUACUCUUUCGGAGACAUGGAGCACAGAAACCUUGAAACACUGAUGUCUGCCGCAGUAGGAGCUGAUUUCCACUUCCCAUCCACCUUGGCGGUCCAGGAGAAGUAUGUGCAGCCAGAUGAGAAAACGGUGCAACAAGAAGUCAUGGACAUGUGACAGGCCUGCAGUAACGGCAGAAGGAAGGAAGUUCAUCACAUUGAAGAUGUCCUCCUCUUUGGGGCGUCACGCUGAAAACUUUGUAUUUGUGCUGAACCUGAGCAAGUCAUUUGUACCAAAACAGACUGUCACGAUGCAGGUCGUACCUUUCAGCUCCUAUAGCUGAGAGAAAGAUGAGCCCACGGCUUUUCCUGCAGAAGAUUAUAGACCUCUGCCUGAUUUGUGCCUGGCUAAAGAAAAAUGGGUGGUGUCAUGUGAAUCAGAAGUCAGAAGAACUAGUGUGUUGUCACACUCGAGCUCAAAUCUUCACAAAAAUGGAAAUAAUAAGUACUGUUUUGAAAGACAUUUCCAUUAGAGGCAACCUGUUUUGAAAUCUCUGCCUUUCUGUCAUUGGGAUUCUCCAUUCUAGUCUACUCUCACUCUCUGUAAGACUCUGUAAGAUCUUGGAGUUGAAAUCAAGCUCACAACAACAAUAUGGAGACAAAUGAUUUAUUAUCUUCUUUCCUCAGUCCCUGAAAGACAGUUCUAAAGUUUCCUGCUCAAAUACCCUUUAAUAUAACAGCUCAACUCCCAUCUGCCCUCUAGUGGCCAAACACUGUGCCCACAGUCUGUUAACUGCAAUUUGUAUUUCCCCUCACAAAACAGAUGUCUUAUUUACAUUACCUUCACUGUACCCAGCCUCCUUUUCCUCCACCUCUCUUCUCUAUGACAGAGAACCAAAGCAGCCAGUUCCAGGCUGAUAAGGUGAUCCCGACAACCUCUGCCUUUCAAAUGUGUUGGUCUUCAAUCCCUCUUGUCACAGGACACAACAGCUAUGGAUGAUGGGAGUGGAAAUCUCAUGCAUAAGAAAGUUGCAAGUUUGAGGAGACUGCUUUAUCCUGCUACCUGUCACAGGAGACCAUCAUUUCUUCUACAACUUGUUCCUCUUCAAUGUUUUCAGAUUUGAAGAUGAAAAUCAGUGAUGCCAGUCUCUUUUCAAAAACAGAUGUCCUCAAAACCACCCUUGCGAGGGCUUUGGACUGAGUCUUUUCAAAGUUGUCUUCUAAUGAGACUGCUGAAUAAAUGUAUUCCAAACAUA